UUACCACACACUGCCAGAACCCGACCGUGGUUUCCAGGGAAACUGGAAAUGUGAAGCUUUUCAAUAGACACAGCCACAGCUUAAAGAGCAAGGACUGCCUAAGAUAGAUUCUUCUAGAGACAAACCUGUAGCCGCUGCAUUCACUAUCAAUCAACAGGGGAGAUACACGGACAGAUGCAGGUCUCGAUCAACGGUGAGAUUUGCCAUGUUUGACCCAAAUUUGAGAGAGAGUUAUGGAGAGACUUCAGUCUGACUUAGACUGCUGAGGUACUUCAUUUAAGGCAGAGACAAAAUGGGAAGUCUUAAGGAUGAGAUUAGAGGUCUCAGAGAGGACCACAAGCCCUGUGAGAAGAUGGAGAGUGAAGAUGGAGAGUGUCCAGGCGGCUCAGAUGGCAGAGCCGGGCCUGAGGGACCUCAGAUAAAAACGAGUCAAGUGUCUACAACUCAUGGGGACUAUCAGCCAACACUUCACAUGAAUGCCAGCUACGCCAAAGAGAGAGACAAGAAUCCAAUAUCCAAAGAUCAAGUGCUUUCAGAAGGGCUUUGUGACAACAGUGACCAAUCAGACUCUAUAGGAGUUAAAGACUCUGAGCUGACUGACACCAUCCCCCUGACAGAACAGCCUGAAGGUGAUAACACAACAGCUACACAGAACAACAUCACAAUCUCUAAUAAGUUCCUGAGUGAUGGAGAUGGCGAUGGUGGAAUUCAGGGGGGAACGUCUAAGGAUAAAAAUAUGGGUUAUGAAAGAGAAAAAGGGGCAGAAAUUGAGAAUAUCUUGGUGCCUGAACCAUCAACUCCAGUCCCCUCCGAUCCACGUACCCCAGCUCCUUUUGGCCAGAACCACAUGCACACACAGGUCAGCCUGGAGGUAGUCCAGUGUCGCUCUGCAGCCACCAGCCCCAUGACACCUCCCGAGGCAGGCCAUUCUUUCUUCUUUCCCAGCUCUUUCGGGAGAUCCGGAGCUAUGGGUACUGACACCAAAGACGCUGAGCUGCAGGUGGGUCAGCAGGUGGAGUUCUGCUCUGUUGCCACAUCCCCCAUGACCCCAAAGACGCCAUCGACCACUGCUUUCCCAGAGCUUAUCGGGAGAGAGACGGCGCAGGAGGGGAUAGUGAAAAAGAGUGAAGGACAACAAGGGAGUUUCACCACGACAAAAAGUCCAGCAGAGUCUGAGUCAGAGAUAACUGGAGCUUUGAAAUUUACCACAUCAAAGGAGCUGAGUGAAGGCUUCAGCUCCAAUGCAUCUCGAGAGAGCUCCGCCAGCUGCACUGCUGCUGGGUUAAGAGAUUCACAAGUAACUCUGGAGGAUAGUAAUCAGCAGUGUAAGCAGCAGAGGAUGGGAAGUAUGGAUCAAGACAUUACAAUCCUGGUGACUCACCAUGGCAACAAUGGGGAGGAAGAGGAAGAGCUGGCCGAGUCAUCUUUUUAUCCCACAGAGCCGGAGAUGGUCAAAAUAGAUGAAUAUGAGGAACUAGGAGAAAACAACAGUGAGGUAAAGAGAGAGGAUGGAAAGGUAAAUAUCUCCACAGAAUCGGUUGCUCCUGAUCAUAUGCAGGACACCUUAAACGCAAACUCCCCACAACACAAAACAGAAGAAUCCUCUGUUUCUGCCUGCGACGAAGUAACAACAGACAUGAAAUGUGAAAAGUCAGAUUUCAAAGAAAACAAAGGUGCAUGUGAAGAGUUGAGAGACCUUUCUGUGACAAAGCCUCCUGUCCCUGAAUCUCCAGCUCCCUUCGGCUGCCACAACAUCCGCACACAGGUGAGCCUGGAGGUGGUGCAGUGUCAGUCUGCGGCUACCAGCCCCAUGACCCCUCCUGAGGGGGACCAUGCCUUCUACUUCCCCAGCUCUGUCGGGAGGUGCGGAGCUGUUGGUGCAGAGACUAAAGAUGCUGAGCUGCAGGUGGGUCAGCAGGUGGAGUUUCGCUCUGUCGCAACAGCACCCAUGACCCCGAGGACGCCCACCACCACGACUUUUCCUGAGAUCAGGAAGGAGGCCAGCAUAGAGGAGAAGAUAGUGGAGGAAGAAGAGGAUAAAAAGGAGCAGGUGGUGGAGGACAAAAAGGAAGUAGUUCAAGAGGAGGAGAAAGAAACUGAAGAGAACAUGGUGGAAGCAGCCGAAGAGGAUGCACUAAAUUGUAAGGAGAAAGGUGAGGAGCCGGUACAAGAGGUGAGCUGGGAUGAAAAGGGGAUGACGUGGGAGGUGUAUGGGGCUGUGGUGGAAGUGACUGUGCUGGGCUCAGCCAUCCAGAAACACCUGGAGAAACAGGUGAAGAAGAGGCAGCCCUCCAUGCCUCCCCCUCCUCCGCUCAACCCCUCAGCCAUGCCCCUCUCUACAGAGUCCACUCGAGGGGGUUCCGGUAAGGGCAGGGCGGGGAAGAGUGGUGAGCGAGAUGGGGAGGUGAGCCGCCGCAGAAGAAAUCCCUUCCGUCUGCUGAUGGAGAACAUGCAGCAGCCGCAUUGUUGCUCCAAAGCUCAUACCUCUGAGUGACACAAGAAAAACAACAGCUGGUUGGAGAAAGAAAAUCUGUGCUGGAAAAUCACAUGACAUCUGACAUACGUGGCAGUGAUACGUGCAUUUACUGGUGUACUUCAGCACGGCAUUGUCUUGAAAGUGUGAGAAGCAAAUCAGAGCCUCGCACAAGACAAAAAAAAGCACAAAAGCAUUUAAUAGAACAACUUCUACCAUGGAGCAUUGAUCACUGAGAAUCAGCCAUAUAAGAUGGGGUUGUUGUUUUGUUGUUGUUUUUUUUUGGUGUUCCUUGUUUCCAUAUUUGGACGAAUAAGGGUGAUAUAUCAAUAUCAUCAUUAGCGCUUCUCCUUUAACGUUUUUCAUCCAGACCAUUCAGUUGUCUGCUGACUCAUUUUAACUGCUUUUUUAUGACAAUAUGAAGCCAUGGUAACCUUUCUCCUGGUUGCUAACAAGCUUAACACAGCUUCAGCUGAGAGAGAUGAUAGCAGAGUGACAGUUUCUGAGCGUGAUUUAUGACCCCGUGAUCAGUCAUUAACUGAAUCUGAAGGUCAUUUUAUUUAGAAAGUAAUGAAGUUAAAAUCAUCUAAAUGUUGCCUUGAUCUGUGCGUGAGAGGAGUCCCUGCCUGUCUUAUAUUCUGCUUUUAAAUUUGGCACAAUGUUUUGACUUGUUCGUAUUGUGAAAAGUAUAAAAAUGUACUGAUGGCAAGCACAAUCGUGAUCAUAUGAGAAAAGCAAUGACACCUGAUAUGAGGGUAUUUUUAGUCAAUACUAUUUACUGUAUUUUAAUGCCAUGAUCAGUCAUUCAGUUGUAAAGUAUGUGAUGAAACCUAUUUUAAAUGUUUUUUAAUUCAGAAGUUGUUGGUGUCAGUGAUGUUGGUGUUCAUACAUUAAUGUCAUAAAAGUGGGAUCAAAUCCACAUUUGGAGAAGUCAAUUUUAU